AAUUACCUCUCUUUAAUUUGUUUUUGAUGAAUUUCCAUUUUUUAUAGUGGAUAAUGGGAAGCAGUCAGAUCUCUGCUGCUAGGAAGAUACUGGAGGUGUCUACACAAACAGUCACUAGUUCGGAAGUGGCAAUGUUUAAGACAUGGAAUUGGAAACUGCACCAAUUGCCUAUCAGCCAAGACAAUGACGAACUAAACUAUGGAAUGAUACCUUUAGAGGAGCUAUUCUUCAAGGGAGCACUGACUGAUGAGAAUAGCCAACAAACUCUCCAGAUUCCAAAUCUGGAUGAGGAUGAGAAUGGAGGUGAGGAGGAAGAUGGAUCUGGUGAGGAUGAAGAUGGAUCUAGUGAGGAUAAAGACUACUGGAGUGUGGGAGUUAACAGAAGUUUUAUCACUUGCUUUUGUCCUUGCGUUACGUUCGGACAGACUUCUGAGAUAGUGAAUAGAGGUUACAAAUCUUGUUCCUCAAGGGGUUUCUUGUAUGGGGUGUUGGCAUUGACUGGGUUUGCCUGCUUUUACUCGUGUUUUUACCGCUCCAAAUUGAGGGCUCAAUACGACCUACCGGAGGAACCGUGUGCAGAUUGCAUGGUGCACUUCUGCUGCCCAGGAUGUGCUCUGUGUCAAGAGUACAGAGAGCUUAGGAAUCGUGGAUUCGACAUGAGUAUAGGAUGGGAAGCUAACAUGGACAGACAAAAGCGAGGAAUAACUCUGGCUCCAGCGGUCGUCCCAGCAAUGUCAAGAUGAUCAGAUACAUGUCAUUUUCAACCAUCUCAUUCCUGCCACGCCUCUGCUACUUCCGUUUCUCUGCUUGGAAAUUUCAUUUUCCUUUCUUUGAUUUCUAAUUUCCUAUAAUGUUGUACGCUGUUUUUUUUUUUUU